AUGGCUCUCCGAAUCCUCUCGGCUGUCGCCGUGGCAGCUACCGUUAUGCUCCAGGCGAUGGCUCUUCCACGCCGCAUAUUCACCGCCUGGGACAUCAACCACCACCCGGUGAAUCCGCCAACCCACAACGUCACGAUCCCUCAGCCCUGGGUCUGUCCUAACCCGGACCUGGAGCUCGACCCGAUCGAGUGUCCGCCUGGCACUAAGGGUGGAAUUCCGAAAGCCAUCGAUCUCUUCAGAGUCCGGGUCGGGUGCAACAAUCUCCGGUGCCCGCAUGACUGGGUGUUUGUCGACGCGGGCAUGCCCAGAUUCGAGCACACCUGCCCCCGACACGCGGUGGUGGCGGCGGCCAACUGGCGAAAAUACUGCCGUCUCGACCCCCCUUUCUACAUGGAACCCCUGGACUGGUGCGGCACGGGAUCAGAGCCUAUGGACGCGACCAUGGACGCCCCCAGCAUCGAGCGGUGCUGCGGUCAGUGGGUGAGCGUCAAGGAUCCGUACUACAAAGACUAUCCCACGGCGAUCCUGCCCGAUCUCAGUGUGGUGGAGAACAAGAUCGAAGAGGGAGAAGAGAUGCGCCGUGUGCUCAAGCCCCACGCGUGGGAGUUCAACAUCGACAACGGCUACUGUCGCACGUGGAUGGCGGAAGACGAGGCGACGUUCCAGUACUUUAUGCAGAACCUGGCGUCCUGGGACGUCGACGACGCGGAUCUACUGGGGCAUGGUGGGCCGAGAUACAACAUCAAGUGGGACCAGGACAUGGCGUGGGGGCACCUGCCGGAGUGA